CUCUACAAUAUCUCUGUAAACUAGAAUGUCUUUCCCUCCCACUUUCUUUGGUUGGAAGGCCAACGAUUUAUAUGAUCCUGAAACAACUGCUUUUUCUAAUGCUAAGAUUGAUUGGAAGGAAACACCUGAUGCAUACAUCUUCAAGGUCGAUACGCCAGGAUUGAAGAAGGAAGAGGUGAAAGUUGUUAUUGAAGAGGGGAAAGUUCUUACAAUAAGUGGGGAAAGGUAUAAGGUGAAUCGUGGUAAGAAAAGCAGUGGGAAAUUUCUUCGAUCAUUUCGACUGCCGGAAAAUGCUAGUGUUGAUCAAAGUAUUGGGAUGGAAAAUGGUGUUUUUACAGUGACUGUUCCUAAGGUGGAAGAGAAAAAAAAUUUAUAGCAGAUUAGUUGAGAUAUCAGGUUAAUUUAAUUGUAUUUCA